CGAACACCACGCGUCGGUUCGAUUAAAAACCGUGAGCCAAAUUUGGCAAUUGAGAAUAUUUGUGGUACAAGAUGUGGAUGGAACUUUUCAAAAAGUCGCUUUGCUAUCGGUGUUAGAGUCUUGUUACCAUAA